UAAUGAUAGUGGACAAUUCUAACGUGUAAAAGAUAUGUAAUGUCAGUUCUUGAAGAACCAAAAUUAAAUCAAGCGGAAGUAAUCGGGUGUUAAAAUAUAAUGAAAAGGUUGCCCGUUGAGUAAAAGAACUGAAACGAGAUCAGCAUUUAAGAAACCGUAAGUGAAACACAAAAAUAAAUAGAUAAAAGAAAAAAAGGAACAAAUCACAAGGGUCGCUGUUAAAAUGGCAUCCUUACCUCGCCGGAUAAUAAAAGAAACUCAACGUUUAAUGCAAGAACCCGUGCCGGGAAUUAGUGCCGUACCAGAUGAUGACAAUGCACGUUAUUUUCAUGUAAUUGUAACGGGGCCUGAGGAUUCCCCAUUCGAAGGCGGUGUAUUUAAGUUAGAACUUUUCCUGCCUGAAGAUUAUCCAAUGUCCGCGCCUAAAGUACGUUUUAUAACCAAAAUAUAUCAUCCAAAUAUUGAUAGGCUGGGUCGUAUAUGUCUGGAUAUACUCAAAGACAAAUGGAGCCCUGCUCUGCAAAUACGUACGGUUCUGUUGUCAAUUCAAGCGCUGUUGAGUGCCCCGAAUCCUGAUGAUCCGCUUGCCAAUGAUGUGGCUGAACUAUGGAAAGUCAACGAAUCCGAGGCAAUCCGUAAUGCUAAAGAAUGGACGCGCCGAUACGCUAUGGAUAAUUAAUUCGAGGAUGUCCCUGUCACUUCUAUUUAGUUCUUUAAAAAGAAAAAAAGGAAAUAUUAAUUUAAAAGAAAAUACAAUAAAAAUGGUAUCAAGUUUCGUUCCGGCGGCACCCAUUUUUUACUAUUAUUACUUUUCUUCAAUAAUGUCACUUAGUAAACAGAAUUUUAUUAUUAUUAUUAUUAAAUUUAUUAUUUAUAAUUAACGGUGGUCAAAUCUUCAUUUUCUCCUUCAAUAUUUUUUUUAUAUUUCUUUACAUUUGUUCUGCGCAACAAAAGCAAACCUACCUUAUUUUAUAGACUUUAUAUAUGUUACUACUAGAGUCCUAAAUCAGUUAUUUAUUUAUUCAUAAUAAACCGAUUUUUAAUGCUAGCAGUAAUAUAUAUAUCAACAUAAUAAUACGAUCUAAAUUAUGAUCUCCCGAUGAACGGUGUCUACCGGCGCGCGGCGUUAGCUAGAUGGUCUAAGACGGCUUAAGUCAUUGGUGUUUGUAAUAAGAGUUGUAAAAUUUUACAAAAAUAUAAAGAAGAAAGAAUUAAAACGUGCAUAUGCGCAUUAUAUUUUCAAUUGAAAUUGUUCUGUAUUUUACGAUUCAUUGAUCAGAGUGAUUAUCUGUAAAUACGAUAUGUAAGGCUUUUUACAAAUAAAUUCUUUACAGAAACA